CUCUUUUAAAGCAUCAGCACACAGCCUCCUGAGACAUACACCUGUAAGGACUGCGAAGAGAGCCACCUCAAGAGACAAAGAAAAUCAUCAAAGAUCAUGGUGUCUGCUGGGCUUCAGUUACUGGGCACUGCCCUGGGCGUCAUAGGAUGGAUCGGUGUCAUUGUGGUUUGUGCUCUUCCCAUGUGGAAAGUCACAGCUUUCAUCGGCAACAACAUUGUCACGGCACAGACUUCGUGGGAAGGAAUCUGGAUGAGUUGCGUCGUACAGAGCACCGGACAGAUGCAGUGUAAAGUAUACGACUCCAUGCUGGCCCUCAGCUCAGACCUCCAGGCCGCCCGUGCCCUCACCAUCAUUUCCAUCGUGAUUGGGAUCCUGGGUAUCAUGCUGGCCAUGGCUGGAGGCAAAUGCACCACUUGCAUCGAGGAAGAGAGCUCCAAAUCAAAAGUUGCUGUCACUGCCGGUGUGAUUUUCAUCGUUGCUGGGGUGCUGUGUCUGAUCCCGGUGUGCUGGACGGCUAACGUCAUCAUCCAGGACUUCUACAACCCCUUGUUGAACCAAGCACAGAAGAGAGAGCUGGGAGCAGCGCUGUUCAUCGGCUGGGGAUCCGCUGCGCUGUUGAUCAUUGGGGGAGGUUUGCUCUGCUGCAACUGCCCACCAAAGGAGGAAACAGGAAAAUACACAGCCAAAUAUAAUGCUGCACCUCGGUCUGCAGCUUCUGCACCAUCUGGCAAGAACUUUGUUUAAAUGAUGGACUCUGAAAUGAACUCUAUAGUGCCUUAAUGUUUACAGUCUUGGUUUGACCAGGAUGUAGCGGGUAAAAAAGAGUUUGCAAACAGGUAUCAUGAGGACUUGAAAAGCUAUCAAUUAAAUACUGAUGUUACAAGUUUUCUACAAAUUUUCUACAUAUAAGACAAUGAGGAAAAUGGGGAACCACGUAAAAAAACCUUUGCAUUUGAAGAAGGCUAAUUUGAUAUCUGUCUUGUUUAAGUAUGAUCAAAUUUUCCUCUCAAAGCAUUUGUCAAGUUUGAUAUGUUUUUUUUUUCAUUUAAAAUUUAUUUUGAUUUUUUCCAGUAUUUGAACUUUUUAUGAUUUUGUAAAUAUUACUUUUGUACAGGGAAAAUAAAAAUGAUAUUUUUAUCGCA